AUCACUCUACUACUCCACUAGCAUAUAAGCGACCUCAUUCUCUCAUCAUCGCCGCCUCUCUUCAUCUCCGCUUCUCUCACAAAAACUCGUCAAUCCCUCUCUUAAACCCUAAAAAUGGCCAUCACAUUCACAGAUCUACACACUGAGUCCGGACUCAAGUCUCUCAACGAUUUUCUCGCCGGAAAAUCCUAUAUCUCCGGGGAUAAGAUUAGUAAGGAUGAUGUGAAGGUGUAUGCGGCUGUUGUGGCGAAGCCUGGUGAUGCGUUUCCUAAUGCCAGUAAGUGGUACGCUAGUGUGGAUUCUCUGCUUGCUAAAAGCUUCCCUGGUAAAGCUGUUGGUGUGAGUAUUGCUAGUCAAUCUGCUCCUGCUGAUACUACUCCAGCUAAGGAGGCCGCAAAGGAAGCUCCUGCUGAUGAUGACGACGAUCUUGAUCUCUUUGGUGAUGAGACCGAGGAGGAGAAGAAGGCAGCAGAAGCGAGAGAGGCAUCUAAAGCACCUGCAAAGAAGAAAGAGAGCGGGAAAUCAUCUGUUCUUUUGGAUGUUAAGCCAUGGGAUGAUGAGACAGACAUGAAGAAGUUGGAAGAGGCUGUUCGCAGCGUUGAAAUGCCAGGGCUUUUGUGGGGAGCUGCCAAACUAGUUCCUGUUGGUUACGGGAUAAAGAAGCUGACCAUCAUGAUGACCAUCGUAGAUGACCUUGUCUCUGUUGAUACUAUCAUAGAGGAUCAUCUCACAGUUGAGCCGAUCAACGAGUACGUGCAGAGCUGUGACAUUGUGGCCUUCAACAAAAUUUAAGAAUCCCUGGCCCAUUUUGGGGUGUAAUUUUGUUACAUUUAGACGUAAUGGUUUUCAAUAUGGUGUUUGCAUUUCUUAUGUUUCUUUCAGAGAUGUAUUAUGUCUCAACUCCCAAGUAAAACACAUUUAACAAGAGUCAAUCCUAUACAAUAGAACGUGUCGUUGAAGA